AUGUCCAUGAAGGAAGUGGGCGAUGGGCUGCAGGACCAGAUGAACUCCAUGAUGGGGGCGCUGCAGGAGCUGAAGCUCCUCCAGGUGCAGACGGCCCUGGAACAGCUGGACAUCUCAGGGGGCAGUGUGGCCCCCGGCUGCCCUGAAAGCCCCCGGACACAGCUGGAGCCCCCGCCCUGGGAGGGCGGCAGAGGUCCUGCCAGGCCUGCUGUCCCGUCCCCCUCCAGCCAACCUUCUCAUGGGAGCAGCACCAGGUGUCCGUCCCAUCGGAGUGUGUGUGGGAGGGAUCCAGCCCUCGGACCCAGGACCCAGCCCUCAGAGCACCAAGGCUGCGCCCCGCAGAGGCCAGAGCUGGUGGAGGCAGACGACUGGACCUCCACGUUGAUGUCCCGGGGCCGGAAUCGCCAGCCUCUGGUGUUGGGUGACAACGUUUUCGCAGACCUGGUGGGCAACUGGCUGGACUUGCCGGAACUGGAGAAGGCCGGGGAGGCGGGGGCGCCCCGCGCGGAGAGGGCGCCGCCCCGGGAGCUGGGCCGCAGGUUCGCGCUCACCGCCAACAUCUUCAGGAAGUUCCUGCGGAGCGUGCGGCCCGACCGCGACCGGCUGCUGAAGGAGAAGCCAGGCUGGGUGACGCCCGCGGCCUCGGAGCCCCGAGCCGCGCGCUCGCACAAGGUCAAGAAGCGGGGCCAUUCCAAGGGCUCGGGACGGCUCCCCUUUCCGGGCGCGGGGGAGCCCAGGCGAGCCGAAGCCACUUCCCCGGGCUGCCCCAAGGCCCUGGACACCCCGCCCUCCGGCUUUGACAUCAACACGGCUGUGUGGGUCUGAACCCAGGGGACCGAAAGCGGACUGGACCCCCGGGGCCAUCCUGGUGCGGGUCCUGGGCGGGAGGGCAGCGGCUGGCCCGGCUUUCAAACAC